AUGACUGUAGUAGUCGACCGAUGCCAGCUUCGUGAAUCUAUCUCGGAUUCCCAAGGGGCAAAGCCUUCCCUCCUGGAACCAGACUGGGGUGGCCGUGAGGAGAAUCACCGAUCCUUUGGAGAUCCGGAGGCUUCCAGGACUCGCACCUGUUUCCAAUUUGGCAGCGUCACCAUCUUUUCCUCGUUCCCCCGUGAUAAAUCUGUCCACUCCUUAACGGCUGCUGGCCAGGGGCCUUGUCGUCAAUUUUUACUAUCGUUUUGUUUUUUGCGACAUAUGCAUUUGCUUGCGUGUGUUUCCGACGUAAUGUUUAAACGCUCGUUUGCAUCCAAGGACCGCGCAGGAAAGACGGUCAGGGCGACCAAGAAGACGUAUGGCAAGCAAGCCAAGGUGAAAAUGCAGGAGAAACUGGAGAGUCCGCCGCGGGAGAGUCCUCUGACGAGUCCCAUAAUCACUUUGGUCGUGGGGCACGAGCAGCGUUUGUUCGCUGCGCAUGAGGACGUCCUGUGUCGCUCGCCAUUCUUCAAUAUGGCAUUGGAAGAAGAUCGAUCUGUGGACGAGAGUGCCAAGCGGGUGGUUUUGCCCGAUGAUUACUUUAUGGUGGUUAAACUAAACCCUCAUAGGGAGCCCGAGAUCCUGUCCUGUGUUCUCGAAUUUCUCUACAAGGGUGACUAUUACCCUCGCUUGCUGCAUGGCAAGCACCGUGACUCUUGGAGACUCGAGGGCGCACAGGAUAUCCAUGGUACAGGUGGUCGGGGCUCGAGCGAGGCCACCUUUUUUCACUCUGGAGUGGGCGACUUCGUUCUUCGGGAUACCGUGGUCUACUGCUCUGCUGAGAAGUACGGCUUGGAGGACCUCAAGCGCCUUGCUCUUCGCAAGCAGGGUCUGCAGAGGGGCAUCCCCGUCGAUGUCAUCCUGCGGUCUGCUCGCUAUGCGUACGACCACACGCCCGACUCCGACUCUCGUCUCCGCGCUCAUUACCUGGCUCUGAUCAUCAGAAGUCGUAAGGCCUUCAAGAAGAGCGGGUCCAUGCAGAUGGAAAUGGAGGCCGGCGGCAAGUUUUUCUUCGAUCUGUUCGUCGCCAUGUGCAACCACAUGGAGGAUCUGACAGAAGUCAGGUAG